AUGGGGCGGCGUGAUUUCUUCAAAAAAUUACCAUCAGAAAUUACGACCGACAUCCUCUCACGUCUCCCUCUCCGAAGCAUCCCAUUCAGCAAAUGCGUUUGCAAAUCAUGGCUCAAUCUCCUCAAUUCCGACGAUUUCAAAAUUAAACCCCAACCCGCCCUACUUUGCUUGAAGUCGGUGGGAACGAACCCAACUCAGUGCACGAUUUUCGAGAUUGAAGAUGAAGAAGAAGCCGAUUUGGAGAGCCACGAUCUUCACUACAUUCCGCUCACGGCUCUCAAUACCCCUCAAGGAAGCAGCGGAAUGUUAGGCAUCGCUGCUAAUGGUUUGUUUUUUCUAUACUCAUACAGAGAUGAUCCUGAAAUUCCUGUUUACAUAUGCAAUACGAUCACUCGUGAAUAUAUUGUACUUGACCAUCCAAAGGAAAAUGAUUAUUUUGAAUUUUGUGUGAGCGAAAUAAGUGGACAAUACAAGGUGAUAUGUAUCUGUAAGACCCUUGAUACCUUCUCUUUUCAAGUAUACACCCUUGGAACAGGAAUAUGGAGACCCAUUGACACUGGUGGUGCUUCUGGUUUAAGUUUCAAUUCUGCUGGCCAUGCUUUAUGUAAUGGCAACCUCCAUUGGGAAGUAGAGGAUUUGGUUACACCCUACUUUCGGAUUUGUGGUUUUGAUAUUGAAACAGAAUGUUUUACCAUCUUCUCUCCCCCUCCUUCUCUUCCUGCGGAUGGACCUAUAGAGUUACAUGUCCAGUUGGCUGUUUUAAGAAACUGUUUGUGUCUUUCUUACACACAUGACUAUGAUUAUGAUGUUGUCGUGAUCUGGAUGAUGAAGGAAUAUCAAGUUGAGGAAUCUUGGACCAUAGAGUACAAGUUGAGUACUGUUGCUCUUGGUUUUGAUGAGUGGAUUCACUUAUCUUUUCGUCCUAUCAAAGUUUUCAAAGAUGGAGACAUUUUGAUGUUGUUGAUGGAAGACGGACAACUUAUCUAUUACUCCAACAAGACAACAACCGCUCAAAGAAUAGUUUUGUUUAAUGAUGCAGCUGUCGUGCGUUAUAAUACUGAUGCCAUGGUUUUCACUCCUAGCCUUUUCUCACUCAAUAAUUUCGAAUUCGAGAAUGUGAUCUCGUUCUAA